CAAAAGCUUUCACUCUUCAAACUCCAUUAAAGGGAAGAGAAGCAUAGAGUUGAGUUUGUGAUUGCAUUUCCGCAAAACGGCAUCGUGUUUUUGAUCGAUAAUACUUCGUAGACACAAUGUUUAGAAACCAGUACGAUACCGAUGUGACGACAUGGUCGCCGGCGGGAAGGUUAUUUCAGGUGGAGUAUGCAAUGGAGGCAGUGAAGCAAGGUUCGGCGGCGAUAGGUUUGAGAUCGAAGACGCAUGUGAUUCUGGCGUCUGUUAACAAGGCUAAUUCUGAGCUGUCUUCUCACCAGAAGAAGAUCUUCAAAGUUGAUGACCACAUCGGAGUUGCAAUCGCUGGACUUACUGCUGACGGCCGUGUACUUUCUCGUUAUAUGCGUACUGAGUGUAUUAACUAUAGUUACUCUUAUGAGUCGCCGUUACCUGUCGGGCGUCUGGUUGUUCAGCUUGCUGAUAAAGCUCAGGUUUGCACUCAACGAUCCUGGAAACGGCCUUAUGGUGUUGGCUUGCUUGUUGGUGGACUGGAUGAGUCUGGUGCUCACCUUUAUUACAACUGCCCUAGUGGUAACUACUUUGAGUAUCAAGCGUUUGCCAUUGGAUCUCGGUCACAAGCUGCAAAAACCUACUUGGAACGUAAGUUUGAGACUUUCAUGGAUUCUUCACGUGAAAGCCUGCUUAAGGAUGCACUCUUUGCUCUGAGAGAAACUCUGCAAGGGGAAAAACUGACAAGCUCCAAUUGCACGGUGGCUGUGGUAGGAGUAGGAGAGGCUUUCCAUACCCUGGACAAGGAAACCAUACAAGCAUUGAUCAAUGAAUUUGAGAUAGCUGGAGAAGAUGCUCCUGCCGAAGUCCCGGAAGAGGCUGCAACUGAUGAACCAGCAGCACCUGAAGAAGGUGCUGCCCCUGCUGAUCAAGGAGCUGCCCCAAUGGAUAUUUGAUAAUGUUAUGUCUUCCUUUAGGCCUCACUUCUUUCAUAUUCAGAGAUUUCUUCUUAGAAUGUUGAGAUUUUGUGUGGCACAAUGGGUUAUAUUUUCUGCUUGGAUGUUUUAUUAUGCAAUCAUGCUUUACUUUGGUCCAAACAUCUUUAAAACUCAUGCUUCUGAAGUUGAACUAAAAACAGCUUUAAGUGACUUUGUUGA